GGAAGGUCCUUUGGGAUCAGCAUUCCUGAAGGCCUUUACCAGCAUAGGGUUUGUUGGGUCUCCCCUUGCUGCGUUGGCCGAACUCUCCAGCACAGAUUAGGAGGGGAUGGGGUGAGGCGCUGCUUUGGGCACACUGGUGCCAUCCAGGUCCCCACUGCCACCCCUGCUGGUGCAAGUAGGAGACACCAGCUCAGCUUCUAAGUUUAUUGGCACUAUUGGCACCGAGGGGUGUAUUGGGAACUGGUGACAAGCGGUCACCACAUCCACAGGGCUGGUGCUGCCACCUUGACCAACGUUCCUGGCACUGCCACAGCAGCAGGGCCACAGGUGGCUGGAUGGGGAGGAUGGAUCUGGGGUUGCUUGGCUGGCAGUGUUGCCUCAGGGCAGCACUGAAGCUGUGGGACAGCAGCUCCAGCUGGGAAGUAUGAGGGACACUGUCUGGGGAGCAGGGUGGGAAGCAGACCCAGGAUUUUCUUCAACUCUGUUUAAAUCCAUCAGGGAAGCAGCUGAGGCAGGGGUUAACCUGCCCUGCAACCUGUGCUCCUCACAGCACAGGUGUCCAGCAGCAACAACAGAGAUUAACAGCAUUUUCACGGUUCCCUGCUCCAGGAACCCUCUUAACCCGAGGCUCAGGAGGCAUUUGUGCCAGCAGGGUGGAGCAGCCAGAGCCACACGUGGUCACCCCGAGCCAUCCCAGGGGCCCCUCAGGGGCAGUUCUGCAGCCUCUGCGUCAGUUUUCCCCUUGGAGCUUCUGAUCCAUGACCUGCCCUGUGAAUUUUGUCAAGCCCUUUAAGCUAAGUUGAUGACAGAGACAGGUGUAAAAAUAGUUUCUUAGUAGCUGACCUGUGUGGAGGUGGGGGUCCUGGGCAGUGUGGGGGUCGUGGGAGGGCUGGGGGUUCUGGGAAGGCUGGGGAUCCUGGGAAGGUUGGGUGUCUGGGUGGAGCUGGGGGUCCUGGGAAGGCUGGUGGUCCUGGGAAGGCUGGGGGUCCUGGGAGGGCUGGGACCCUCCAGACCACAACCCCCAGGCUGGGGAGCUCACAGCAGGGCGGACCAUGGUGAACAUGGGCUGCAGCACCUCCCAACCUGCAGGAGGAGGGAAACUGAGGCAGGAGAUGUAAUUCCCCCAUCAUGGCUCCUCUUGCAUCCCAUCCCCGGGGGUCCAAAGAAGGAGGCUCAGCAGCCGCGGGGCCCCCGGCUGUGCCCGGGCCCAUAACGGUGCCUUUGUGCCACGGGCACUGCACCAGCAGCUCCACUGCUGACUCAGGGAUUUUUCCUGGCCACCACCACCGCGGGAGCCCCGUGACCCAUCGGUGGGGGGACCCUGCAAGGGGAGAGGGGUGGCAGCCAAGCAGUGAGAAGGCAGCUCUGCAGAAACCCAGCAACGGCGGGAGCUGCUGGGGCCGAGGGACAGAGGGGACAGCCCAGCCGAGCAGAACCCGACCCCAUGAGCUCCCGGCACUUCCCUGCCCGGACCGUGCUCUUUGAGAGGGAAUCCAAUGGUGUCACCUACCGCGUGCCCGCCCUGCUCUACCUGCCCUGUGUGGCCAAGCUGCUGGCGUUCGCCGAGGAGCGGCUCAGCGCCGACGACGCCCACGCCAACCUGCUGGUGCUGCGCCGCGGCACCAUCUACGGCAGCUACGUGGAGUGGGAAGACAUGCGCGUGCUGGAGACGGCGACGCUGCAGCACCACCGGUCGAUGAACCCCUGCCCACUCUAUGAUGAAUUCACAGGCACCCUCUUCCUCUUCUUCAUCACGGUGCUGGGCAGGACACCCGAAGCCUACCAGAUUGUCACUGGCCAGAAUGUCACCCGCCUCUGCUGCGUCACCAGCGCUGACCAGGGCCUGAGCUGGAGCACAGCCACGGACCUGACACAGCAGGUCAUUGGUGCAGCCAUCAAAGACUGGGCGACGUUCGCGCUGGGCCCUGGGCACGGGAUCCAGCUGCGCUCCGGCCGGCUGCUGGUGCCCGCCUACAGCUACCACAUCGACUGCAAGGAGUGCUUCGGGCAGCUCUGCAAGACCACCCCACACUCCUUCGCCUUCUACAGCGACGACCACGGCCACGGCUGGCGCUUCGGGGAGUUCAUCCCCAACCUGCAGACGGGCGAGUGCCAGCUGGUCUCGGUGGAUGAGGAGGAUGGAUCCAACGUCCUGUACUGCAACGCUCGCAGCCCGUUGGGCUUCAGGGUCCAGGCGCUCAGCACGGAUGACGGGGCCGUCUUCCACAGGGGGCAGCUGGUCCAGCGGCUGGUCGAGCCCCCCCAUGGCUGUCAUGGCAGUGUCAUCGGCUUCCCAGCACCAUUUGUGUAUGUCCCCACCAUCUCCCAGGACUCUGUGUUGCCCCUCCGGGACUCAGCUCGACGGCUGCCCCCGGGAAUGUUCCAGGGAUUUCGGUACCUGCCCACCCGGAAGGCAGCAGGUGAGCUGCCCACUGUGGCCACUGGCAGCCACCACGAGCCAGACGAGCCCGAUGAGGACUGUCCUACCCCAGGGCAUCACCAACAAGCCCACAGUGUCACCUCGGCCCAGGGGGACCCUGUGGCAACCCGCAGCCCCACUCCCUUCUUCCAAGCACCGACAUGGAUCCUCUACUCCCACCCCACCAGCUCCAUGUCGCGGGUCAACAUGGGGGUUCACCUGAGCACCUUCCCCAGGGAUGCAGAGAGCUGGACAGAGCCCUGGGUCAUCUAUGAGGGCCCGAGCGCUUACUCAGACCUGGCUUACAUGGAGCUGCCCUACACGGAGGCCCCAGUGGCCGGUGGCACAGCCAUCGCCUUCGCCUGCCUCUACGAGAACGGGACGAGGUCGCCCUACGAGCAGAUCUCCUUCAGCAUGUUCACGCUGCGCGAUGUGCUCCAGAACAUCCCCGUGACAGCCACUGCUCCCCUCCAGGGCCGCAGCCCCCGGCGCCACGGGAAGCGGGGCCGAAGGAGCUGCCCCGUGUCCUAGUGACCCCCCAGGCCAGCUCCCCCCACCCCCCAGUGCCAGAUCCCAGGACAUCAACCCAUUGCCUGGGGUCCCACCCCCCCCCAGUCCAGCACGGCCACAUCACGCAGAGCAGUGUUACCGUCCCCAGGCUGGAUUUGAUCUCACUUUUAUUGUUAUUUUUUUAAUUAUGUAUCGGUUGGUGGGGAGGCUUGUGCGCCCCGCACAGCCCCCGGCUCCUUUCCAGCAAGAGCCACCUCAUGAAACAGAUACUGGGGGCAACAGCAAUGCCAAAAGGAGGCAGCUGGGGGCACCCUGUGCCAUCCCUGUGUGCUGGGUCAGGGGGACACGGUGCUCCAGCUGUGCCACAUCUGGUACCACCACCCUGCUCCGGGGGUUUCCCCUCCCCUUGUUAUAAAUAGUUAUGUUAUAUAAAUGUUUUAUAUGUUAUAUAAAUGUUUCAUGUUAUAUA